AAGGAGGAAACAUUGCAAAUCCCAAGAGGUACUACGCUGACCACGACCACCAUGUGCACCUUAGAGCAGCGGGGCAAUCUCUUCUUCCUAACCCUAACCGGCGACAAUGAACACCGACUAGGCCCCACGCUCUUCGACUCCAUCAGAUCCGCUCUUGCUCAGGUUAAAUCCCAAGCCACUCCUGGCUCUGCUCUCAUCACCACCGCCCAGGGAAAAUUCUUCUCCAACGGCUUGGACCUCGCCUGGGCCCAAGCCGCCGGAUCCUCCAGUUUCCGAGACCGUCUCAGCCACUUGCUCGACUGCUUCAAGCCGAUCGUCGCUGAUUUGCUCUCACUCCCGAUGCCCACAAUAGCCGCCGUCUCCGGUCACGCCGCCGCCGCCGGAUUUAUGCUCGCCAUCAGCCACGACUACGUUCUCAUGAAGAACGACAGAAGCGUGCUGUAUAUGAGCGAGCUGGACAUUGGCCUGACCUUCCCCGACUACUUCAUGGCGAUGAUGAAGUCCAAGAUCAGCGAUCCGGCUGCAAGACGCGAUGUGAUGUUGAGAGCAAAAAAGGUGAAAGCGGAGGAGGCAGUGAGGAUGGGGAUUGUGGAUUCGGCGCACGAUAGCGCGGAGAGCACGGUGAAGGCUGCGGUGCUUCUGGCGGAGCAGUUGAGCGGUCGUAAAUGGAACGGCGAGGUGUAUGCUGAGAUCAGGAAAGCGAUGCAUCCCGAAGUAUGCGGACUGCUGGGAUUGUCUCAUAGGGCCGUUGUGGCGCCACGGCUUUGAGAAAUCAAAGUCAUUUCCUUGCUUUGUUAUUAAACCAUAAAUAUUAUCAAAAACUGUCUUAAAUUGUUCAGCAUCGCCUCGGUUUGAUGAUCGUUCGCUGCGAAGGUCGUGAACAUCUGUGGCAUCUGUCUGAUCUUAUAUCCGUAUAAAUUAAGUGUACUCCUGUACUGCUGCACCCCCAAUUCUGCCAUUGUUGAGUUCCAACAGAUGGUUUGUUUAAUUCCAAUUGAAGAAGAAAUAAUCGUCAAAUUUAUAUA